AUGCCGAAGCGAUGGCGCCCUCCCGCCGCAACCCCACCCAAACCGAGGAUGGAUAAGACUGCCUCGGAGUAUGUAGCAGAGAUGAAGGAGCAGGAGGAGGCUGAGCGGCUCAAGAAGAAAGGAAGCACAAAGCUUGCAGAGUUUGAGAAGGAGUACGGCAAUCCCGACAAUCCGUCUGGUGCCAUCAAAACGCCCAGUGAGCUCAGUUCAGCGGCUGGACCCAUAGCGCCGAAGAAGAUAAAGAAGGACAAGAAGAAAGAUAAGAAGAAGGACGAUAAGAAGGACAAGAAAAAAGACAAGAAGAAGGCCAAGAAGAAGAAAAAGGACAAGAAGAAAAGCAGCAGCAGUAGCAGCAGCAGCAGCGGUAGCAGCGAACCCAAAGCAAAAGGCAAGCUGUCGUCCAAGAAGAAGAAGGAAGCCGUGACAGCAGAAACUGGUUGGAAGAUUUCCAGUUUCCUGAAGGCCGGCGACUCUGACAGCUGA